AUGGAUGCUGCUGAAGUUAAAUCAGAGGAUUACCCUCCAAGACUUUACCCUGAAGGGUCUUCUAACCUAGAAGGUAAAGAUAUUAAUCACAAUUUCCAUCCAGGACAUUUCCCCCACGUUAGAGAAACAAUAGGACUUGAUGUGUGGGAAGAAUUGGUGAACUCUCCCAUUGGAGUAGUUGCUAGGCUAGCUGGACGCGAAAGCAUGUGGUCUGGUAGGACCGUGCACUAUCUACUGUGUAGACAGCUGCGAGUUCUAAAGAAGGAGAUAUGGUGUCUCGUGGCUGAUGAGGCCAUCAGGUUUAGCUUGCUCGAGUUUGGUGAGAUCACUGGGCUAAACACAGGUCCAUUGCUAACAGAAAAAUUUGAUCCUGAUCAAUACAACGCGUUUUGGGGGGAGUUGAAGGUGCCGCUUGGGAUGGAACCCAAGUUAGAUGAACUGAAGGCAGCAUUAGAGUUAUGUCUGCUUUGGAGUUUUGAAAAGCGUAAGUGGUUGGGGCUGCUACUUCUUCAAGCCAUGGGAGUCUAUUGUUUGCAUCACAAUUCAAAGAUACCCUUUCAAAGUGCAAUAAGGGUAUUCGACGAUGAAGCCAUGAGGUCGUAUCCAUGGGGUCGGACUGCAUACGAAGUUCUGAUUGACUCUAUUAAAACGUUGGCUCCAGAAGGAGGUUUUUACACAAUAAGCGACAUGAAGGACGCGUUAUUGAUUUGGGCAUAUGAAUCCGUCGCCUGCUUCGGUGAGAGUUUUGGGAGAGUGAUCAAUAACGAAGACGUUCCGCUUUUGCGAUGGGGUGGAAAGCGUACACGUGCAAGUUUUGAUAAAUUGUUGUCUGCCGAAAUCAAAGAGCAUGGCGAGGUGCGUGUGAGGAGAAUGGUUUUGAAGGACUCAAUUGUUGGUGUUGGGGCCGAAAACGGUUACGACGAAGGGAAUGCAAAGGGGAAGGGGAAUGCGAAGAAGAAGAAAAUGAAGGGUGGAGUUUCGUCAGAAGCUGAGCCACCCACUAAGAAGCAGAAGAAAGUUAAGACACAAAAUGAGUCUGAAGCUGCUGCUGCGGGAAAGGGUUCUAGCGAGAAGGAAUGUACCAAAGAUUUGAAGUUGGAGAACAAAGCGACUCUGACGACCAUUGUGAGUACUCUGGAUAAUAUUUCCAGAAAAAUUGAUCAGAUUGACUCAUGGUUGGAAGCUUACGAGUUAGACAGGACCAGACCAUUGAUGGACCAAAAGACCAUUGAUGACAGGGUGAAAGCUUUACUGGAGGAGCGUCUGAAAGAUCUGGGGGUUGGAGAAACUCUCGAAAACAAUGAUAACCGCUCUCCACCAUUACCAGUGGUUCAAACGCAGCAGAAGUCUGUCAAUAGUCCAGCGUUAGCUGCGACUCCUGGUAAGGUUUUUGGACCGAAGAAGAAUUUGGCCAAGGAGCUUGAUAAGGAAUCAAGGGUGAAAAGGACUUUGGAUGAGGAGUUUGGUAAUGUCGCUAAAGCUACUGAUCUUGAUAGUCAACCUCUUGAUUUCGUAGUAAUUUCUCCAGCAAAGGCUACUAAGGAUGAUAAGGAUGCUAAGGUUCCAGCCUAUGGACGUGGCUGCAGGGGCAACCGUAUUGUUAAGGGUGAGGAAGCCGAUGAGAAGGAAAAAGCAGCGCAGGCAGAUGCUGCGUUUAAGAGGAAGGAGAAGGCUGAGGCUAAGAAAAAGGUGGCUGAGGCUAAGAAAAAAGAUGCUGAGGCUAAGAAAAAAGAGGCUGAAGCUAAGAAAAAAAGAGGCUGA